AUGAAAGCAUCAUACAUUUUCUUCGGUGACCAUCAAGUCAACCCAACAGACAUCCAACGAUACAGCAUACCAUGGACGAACCUGGACCGAAAACUUCUUGGGAAGACCUGGCGAAUCUGGGGCUGGAGUAAGCAGCAGGUUUACGACACACUCAAUCCUCUGCGUGAAUAUACGAUGCGCGGGUUAGACGACAUGUUUCUUAACGAGGGUAUCGCCUCCAACUUUCCCUGCUACAAUGUGACCAAAGGCAAUCCAUACCUGGUUGUAAGUGGGAGCAACCAGGUCUCAAGGACGAUACCGGUCGCGGAGUUCGACAAUCGCACUGGUUUGGAGCCGUUGACCACAGUUUGGACCGACAAGUGGUUCACAGAAUCGACGGCGUCUCUCACCUUAACUCGUGGCCCAUCCAUCAGUCUCCAGUGGUCGGGCUCGGAAAAGGAGUUCAACAUCACAGUUCCUGCAGGCGAGACACUUGAAAUUCUGAGGACUGAGUUAACCAUCAACAGCCAAUCAAUCUAUGCCCUGAAAUAUGGGCUCAACGAAGGAAACAACACUCCCCAGAACCCAGGAGCUGUUAUUGUUACCUCGGGCGACAUAUACAACGGAAACAACUAUUGGGCGUACUUUGUGAAUACUUAUCUCAAUUCCCCCGGAAGUGACAUGCAGUUCGUCGGGCUGAGCCAGAGCAGCACCUUCUCUCAUGAGUUCGUCGUCAAUGGCGACUCUCAGAAAGCUUCGAACUCCGUUGUCGAGUUUGUCAAGCCCACCAUCAUCAUCAAGCGUGAGGACGGGAAGAAGACCGCGCUUCAGUAUACCUUCCCUAUUCCAAGCGACACUCCCACGGAGGGCCACAAGUAG